AUGGCAGCCACAUCUAGCACAGCAGACGUCCAAACCCAGCUCACGCUGCCUGGCAAGGUUAUCGCAGUGACCGGCGCGAACCGAGGAAUCGGAUUAGGCGUUGCAGAAUGCUGUCUCGACAACGGAGCCGACAAAGUCUAUUCCAUCGACCUAGCUGAGCCCGGAGAGGAGUUCGAUGCCGUCUCGAAAAAGUUCCCCGGCCGCCUGUUCGCAGUUAGCGCCAAUGUGACAGAUGAGGAGAGCAUCACAGCUGCUGUAGAUAAGAUCGUGGAACAGGCCGGAGCAAUCCACGGUAUGGUUGUGAACGCUGGCCGCACCAACCACAAGGCCGCCUUGGACUUCACCAAGGAAGACGUAGAGUCUCUGUUUGCUGUCAACCUUUUCGGUGCCUUCUACACGGCUCGCGCCGCCGCGAGAGCUUUCAUUAAACUCAAUAUCAAGGGCUCAAUCGUCUUCACUGCCUCGAUGGCCUCAUACAGACCCAACAAGCGUGUUCCGUCUGCCCCCUAUGGUGCAUCCAAGGCCGGCGUUCGCAACAUGACGCAUACCCUAGCUAUGGAGUGGGCCAAGUACAACAUCCGCGUGAACUCGGUCUCUCCGGGGCUCGUUCGCACCGCUAUGACUUACUGGGUUCCCCAACAACCUGAUUGGGAACAACAGCUGAAGUACUAUGGGGGAUUCCCAAGGCUUGCUGAGGUCCAGGAGCUAGGUGGAGCAUACGUCUACUUGCUCAGCGACGCUGCUAGCUACACUACAUCGAUAGAUAUUCCUGUUAAUGGAGUCAUCGGAAGAUUGCUACCGUCAUUUAUCGGGGUCUACCGAUGA